CCUGCGUACCUCCCCGCACCGGCAGAGUCGGGACCUGAGCAUGCGCCUAACGAGCUCCGUAGCUUGGUAGCUGCUGAGUAUGUGCUGCUUUCCUCUCGUCCGCCGGAACUGACCGCGGCGGCUGGAGCAUGCGUAGUGCAACAAAAGCUUUCGGGAAGCUGCUCUGUUGUUGUUAUAGUCGCGCUUUUUCUCUUGAAAGAAAGUCCUCCUGGAGGAUACGAGCUCUCCACGCUCCUAGUGCUGUCCAUUUUCUCUGCUGCCUCCUGCUCUUGUCUGCUCCUGCUUUCAGCAUGGUAAAGAAGAAUACUAUCCCUGAUGGAUGGCGGACUGUAUCACCAGUUGGACAACCUAUACCAGGAACCCGAUUCAUUGCUUUCAAAGUCCCCUUGAAAGGGGCAAUCAACCAGCGAUUGACACCAACUCAAAAAUUUACACCAAAAGAUCUGAUUGCUUCAAUGAAAGCUCUAAAUGUGGAGCUUGGCUUGAUUAUUGAUUUAACCUACACAACAAGAUACUAUGAUGUUAAGGAUGUACCUAAGAGUGUGGAAUAUAAGAAACUUUAUACUGUUGGACUUCAAGUCCCAGAUGAUCCCACUAUUCUACAAUUCAAAAAAUGGGUCAGAAAGUUCCUAUGGGAAAAUGCAGAAAAUGAGAAACUCAUUGGAGUUCAUUGUACUAAUGGGAUUAAUAGAACAGGUUACCUAAUAUGUAGAUACCUUAUUGAUGUUGAAGGCUGGCAUCCAGAAACAGCAAUCCAAGCUUUUGAGGAGGCGCGUGGCCAUCAUAUGGAUAGCCUUAUAUAUCUGACAGAUCUCACAACUCAACCAAUGAGAAGCAAUAUGGGAAUGAAUAUGUGGGAUGAUGAUGAAGAUAUUAUGCCACCACCAAAUGAUAUGGAUGGACAUAUUGAUAGAUUCCCAAAUGAAGAAUUUCCUAGACCUGGGAAGCGAUUAAGAGUCUAUCAAGAUGAUCAACCUCAUGGUGACUUACCAGGACAGAUCCAGUUGAGAGAGUUUGAUUUUAUUAACAAGGGUCCUGGACAACGGCGAAAACCAUAUCACGAUCAGCUUCAAGAUGAUUUACAGCAACUGUUGCGCAUGAGGCAAAGGCAUUUUCCUGAUGAUCAAUAUUAUGAUGACUACCAAGAAGAAAUGCAUCUGAAGGAUUUAGAGUUUGCUAGCAGUGGAUCAGGACAGAGGCUGAGACCUUUCCGUGACCAGCAAUUUUGUGAUGACUUUCUAGGGAGUACACCAUCUGGAGACCUUGUAAAUACAGGCCAUGGACAGAGGCAGAGACAUUUUCCUGACAUUACUCCUCAUAGUGAUACGUUAACAGACAUGCACCUUAAUAAGGGCCGUGGAGAAAGACGGAGAGCAUUUUAUGACCCACAAUCAAAUGAUGAAUUUCGAUCACCUAAACAAUUAAAAGAUGUGUCUUUCUUCAACAAAGGAUCUGGGCAAAGAAUAAGAAAUUUUCAUGACUAUCCCCUCCAUGACGAUAUGCAACCACCAGUGGGAGACUUUGAGUUUGUUAGUAGGGGGCGUGGACAAAGAAUGAUACCUUUCUUUAACCAGCAGCAUCACAAUGAUUUACCAAGAGAGAUGCCUCCAGAAGAUUUUGAUGAUAGAGAUUCUGGCUCAAGAAGCAGGCCUUUUCAUGACCAUCAGUCUUAUAAUGAUUUCAGUGAGCAGACACAAUUCAAGGAUUUUCUAAAGAGAGGACCUGAACAGAGGAUGAGACAUUUUAGUGAUCAUUCACCCAAUGAUAAUUUGCCACAUGAAGAGUAUUUAGAAAGAGGCCAGCCAUUUCCUUCACAUAAGCACUUCCCAGAACACCCCUUACCUCACAGAGAUUAUGUUUCUGACAAAGAUGAUUACAGUAUAAAUUGCAGGCCUGAUUGUCCUGAAGAUUACAAGAGAAGCCACCCUUCAGAUGAAAUUAACAGAGGAGGGAAAAUUAGGUUCGCACCAUAUCCAGCACAACCUGUGCAUCAUCCUUCAUCUAAGUACCAGAAAGUUAGUUCCAUUUCAGUGGACUAUGGAAGAGAGACUCAACAUGGAAUUACCAGAGAGAUGGGACAAGGGACAAGAUUGCCAGUUGUAACAAUUGAUUAUAAUUAUGGUUUGCCUUUAGAUUAUGCAUCUGAAGAGGAAGAUAGAGCAUGUUAUGAUUUACUUCCAAGAGAACGCUAUGUUUGGAAAUGAAUCAAAUAAGUGUUUGCAUGCAUUUUUCACCCAUAUUCCUUUUUGCGUGGACCAAAACUUUUCGCGAACUAAAGAACUUUAACUUUCAAAAUGGUAAAAACUAGUGCCUGUGACAAGACUAGUUUCCAUAUAUUUUGGUUUUUUACAUUUAGAUUGUGUGUAUAUUUGUUAACUGUAUGUUGAAUGUGUGUGAAAUAAAAAUAGUGAUUACUUUUAGUGAAAUUGGAAGGCAUAGCAUAAGGCACAAUAUAGGCUGUAUUCACUCCUGUUUUGAAGUUAUAUAAUGAUUUCAGUUUACAAAACUUGUAAUAAAAUAUUGCAAAGACUGUUCUCAAUAGACUAUCAGAAUGAGUAGGAUUUUAAAGGAACGGGAAAUCUACUGUAAAUAUAAAAAAAUAAAUAGCUAUAGUUGCUUGAUUUUAAUUCA